AUGGAGAAUUUGCAGAUUGUGCGGGCGUCGGUGGCCCUAAACCCUUUUGGGAAGUGGGUGCUGGAAGGCGGUGGCAGAAAAUCUGAGCAGAACGCCGAGCAUCAGAUGUUGCUGCUCUUCCCGGCUUAUGUCCUCCAUCAUCAUUCUCUCCGGUUAAUACACUCCGGUUGGUCCUUUAGACGUGCAAUGGCGUCUCUUCUACACUCAGGCCCGGCCACUUGGGCCAUGCGAAAGCAGGCCACUGCCAUCCCUCUUCGCGUCAGCUCUGCACAAUCCGUGGCUUCCGUUCAGACAUGUAAUUCAUUUUCCACAUUAUGUCCUCAGACAAGGUUGUCGGUUUCACAUUCUCACCCUCAGAUCUCACUAUCCUCGACCUUCAAGACCUCUCUCCCUACCUGCCAAAGCCGCACUUUCCUCACCCAACUCCGUCGUCAAGCGCAAGCCCUGAAAGAACAAUCCCCGUCGGCACACGCGACCCCAGUCAAUCCCUCCAAGAACCCUAGCCCGCCUUUGAAGCUCGAUAAUCUCCCUUAUUUCGUUCGCCGUUCCGCCUCCAACAAGCUGCCUGUCUAUACCGACACCAAAGCCGGUGGUACGAAGAAGCUCACCAAGAUCCAGAAGACAGAGGGUGAUCUGGAUCAACUCCGCAACGACCUGGCUUGCGCACUGGGUGUUGUCGAUGGCCACAAGCCUAACCCCGAUGUUGCCAUUAACCGUCUUACUGGUCACAUUGUUGUCAAGGGCUGGCGCAAACCUGAGAUUCUGAAAUUCCUCGAGGAACGCAAAUUCUAA